GCUUACUCUCCUUCAGCUCUUCUGUUAUUUGCUCUCAUAUCUGUAAUUGAUCAGCUGUACAACAUGACAGUAAAACAAUUAGACCAAGGCCAGCAUUUUAGGCCAAGAAUGGCAUUCCUCAAAAAGAUUGAAGUGCUUCUGUUAGAAAUGCAAGAUAUGGAGACGGGUAUUAAGAUGCACACUCAGAGGCUGAUGAUAACCACAAUACCACACGCAAUUACAGGUCACGAUAUGCUGGAGUGGAUUAUCCAAAGACUGCAGAUUACAGAUGAAGAGGCCCAGCACCUUGGUAAUUUAAUGGUAAAAUGUGGCUAUAUCUACCCACUCCAGGAGCCCACCAACCUGGUACUUAAAGCUGACAGCAGCCUAUACAGAUUCCAGACACCUUAUUUCUGGCCUACACAGCAGUGGCCGGCUGAGGACACAGACUAUGCAAUUUAUUUGGCAAAGAAAAAUAUUAGGAAGAAGGGAAUACUGGAAGAAUAUGAGAAGGAAAACUACAGCAACUUGAAUAAGAAAAUUAACCACAAAUGGGAUUUUGUUGUUAUGCAAGCUAAAGAACAGUACAAAGCAGGAAAAGAGAGGAAAAAAUCUGAUCGUGUAGUGCUGGACUGCCAGGAGAAGGCGUAUUGGCUGGUUCACAGACCCCCUCCAGGAAACCUAGAUGUUUUGGAUUACGGAUUGAACAGGGCAACAGAUCCUAAUGUCACUAAGGUAAACAGGUAAAGUUCGGCGGUAGCCGUCAAAACCAGCAUUAUGUAUUACCAGCAAGCUCUCAUGAGAUCUACAGUCAAAUCUUCUGUGUCUUUGGGAGGAGUACUGAAGUACAGUGAGCAGUAUUACUCACAUGACCCCAUUAUGUCUGGAUGUCUGCCAAGCAACCCCUGGAUUACAGAUGACACAAUGUUUUGGGAGCUCAAUGCUAAACUUGUGGAAGUACCAACAAAGCUUCGUGUGGAGAGGUGGGCAUUUAAUUUCAGUGAGCUGAUUCGGGAUCCCAAGGGGAGGCAGAGUUUCCAGCUGUUCCUGAAAAAAGAAUUCAGCGGUGAGAACAUGAGUUUCUGGGAGGCCUGUGAGGACCUGAAAUAUGGGGAUCAGUCCAAGGUGAAGGAGAAAGCAGAGGAGAUUUACAAGCUUUUCCUGGCACCCGGAGCGAGGCGCUGGAUUAACAUAGAUGGCAAAACAAUGGACAUUACUGUGAAGGGGUUAAAGCACCCGCAUCGCUAUGUGCUAGACGCAGCUCAGACGCACAUCUAUAUGCUCAUGAAAAAGGAUUCUUACGCAAGGUAUCUGAAAUCUCCCAUCUACAAAGAAAUGCUGUCUAAGGCGAUUGUUCCGCAAGAAACCAAAAAAGGGCAAAGUAAUUUCCCAUUUAUGCGCCGUCACAGAAGAUCCAGUCCGAGCCCUGUGAUCCUGAGACAGCUGGAAGAGGAAGCCCGAGCAAAAGAGGCAGCCAACACGGUGGACAUAACUCAGUUGUGCCAUUUUACUGCUCCAAUCCCUCACCUGACUGUCUACACCGGUACCUGUGCUCCCCCCUCCCCAACAAACUUCCUCUCCUGCAAUCCUUCAGGGGACCUCUCCUCUCUUUCCCCGGGACACAUUGCCUUGCCAAAUAGUGCUGAGUGCCCAUCACCUUUUAGUGUAGCUAUAGAGACAACCCCAUGUAUGGAGAGGCGUUGGGAGGCAAACAAAGCCGACGAAAACCAGUUUUCCUGUCCCAGUGACAAUACGGAUGCAUCUUUCGGAUCAGAAUCUGGCACCAGCGGAAAUCUGCUGUCUAUUCCAGUGGAGACCAAGCCUUUACAGAAAUCCAAGGUUGCCUUGUCUUUCAGCAAGUUGUUGAAAAGGGGGUGCUCAAACUCACCAGGUUUUGCCACCCAUUCUCCCAAGUGCCCAGUGGUAAACCACGGCAGAGUGCAACCUCUAAAUGAACUGGAGCAGCAGCUGCAACAGACGUCUAAAAAAGUCACCAACUUCUUCCAAAUCAAGGUGGAUAUUCCUUCGGAAUGCCGAAUUUACCCUAUUGACUCUGAGGAGGAAGAAGAUGACAGCCAAGUUGCUUACAAAGAUUCCAUCCAGGAAGUCAUCUGCCCCUGGGAGAAUGUUAUAGAGGAAGGUAAAGCAGGGUAAUAUGAAAUGCCUUGGGGCAAUCAGGAUUGGACCUUUGUAUGGCAGAACAAUCCUGUCUCAGUACACAGCGGCUGGGAGCCCCUCUAAUUGAAAAAGUGCAUUAGGAUCAGCAAUGAAUCCAGAGAGCGCCUUCACCAUUAACCACUUCACUGCCAGAAGAGGUCAGAAAUACCUCUCUUUACUCAAGCACAGCAGUA